UCAGCUCGAUCCGUCGCUUGCUGCGACCAAACGCUAAAAACCCUACCGCAGACUGCGACGGGCGAAAACCACAGCAAUGGCGAAGAGAAAGCGAAAGGAGGCCGGUGAAGGAGCUCAAUUCGAAAUCCCUAAUGGAGGAGUUGAUCCGAGGAAGAAGGCCGAGUCAAAGAACGGAGGCGCCGUAAGGGGAAGCGGAAAGGAGGAACAGAAGGAGGGCUACUUCCUCCUCGGCGAUCCCACCUUCGUGGACUUGGGUAACGGGAGAGUGCGCUGCGUGGAGUCCGGGCACGAGCUGCUCGCCAAGGACCAGGAAGCCUACGGCCGCUCUAAGGCCUGCCGCCUCGCCCUCAUCGAUGCCGCCGUUGCUCGGAAGAAGCCGCCGCUCAAUAUGUUUGCGCCGCACCCAACCUCCAAGUCGCAGCUAGUGUGCAAGUUGACUGGAGACCAUGUUAACAAGGCUGAGGAGCAUAUCUGGAAGCACAUGAGCGGCAAAAAAUUCCAGAAAAGAUUAGAACAGAAGGAAGUUGAGAAGCAUGCCAAUGCAGCAGUAGGAGAGAAAGAAAAGAAACAAUCGAGAAAAGAACAUAAGGAAAUGGAGAAGCAUGCUGGUGCAGUAGUAGAAGAGACAGACAAAAAACAAUCUAAAAGAGAACGGAAAGGAAUGGAGAAGCAUGCAAUUACAGAAAUAGUAGAGAAAGAUAAAAAACAAUUGAAGUCAGAUCUUGGUGCUUCGAGAAAAGAUCAGGUAAAGAACACCCAUGGGAAUCAAAGGCCUAGUAAGAAAAUAAAGCCCAACAAUGGAGAUGAUGAGGAGCCUCAUUUCUGGGAACCUCCUCCUGGAAGUCGUUGGGAUUUCGAUGAUGGGAAAGUUCGCUGGGACUCGAAUACAAACUCAGCUGAUGAGGCAGAUGAUGAUGGAACGCCCGAAAAAGAUGAUUCCGAAACAGGGGAACCUAUUAAGAAGUCAAAACAGAAGAAGUCAGCUGUUAGGCCUGUCGACCUUGCCUCAAAGAAGAAGAAAGAAGAAGAAGAUUUUGAAGUCCACUAAAAAGCAUUCCAAGAGUAGGUGAACCGAUUGGCUAUCACAUUCAUAUUAUGAAAUUGCCAAAGUUUGAGUUAUGAGAACAUCCAAAACUCUCCUCUUUCUGAUGUUCUAUCAAGUUCCCUGUCUUCGUUUAGAACUUGCGAAGUUAUUAGCAUCUCCCACUUUACUGUUUUGGUGCCUCGCAGGAUAUUUUGAAUGUGUCUAGUUAGUGGCUUUGUCAAAAGAAUUCAUUUUUAAACAUUUUUUUUAUUAUUAUUUAACCUGCUCUUUCUCA